GGCGGGGAGACCAGACACCAGCGUGACCUUCUCCGUUUCCAUUCUAGCGGUGUCGGCGGCACUUCGGUAACUCAGGCCGAGCAUCUCUUCUUGAAACUCCACCCUACAAAAUCAGCCGACACCAUUCCAUCUUAUACGAACAUAACGGUGCGCUUCGGGACGAAGCUGAGAUGGACAGAUGUAAUUCGGAAGUCUGUUGUUUGUCGUUUAAGCAUGGAAGCGCCGUCCUCGCCACCUGACCGAGUCGUUAAGCGCAGGAACAAGAAAGGUUCCGCAUGCACAUAUUGCCGCCAACUAAAGUUCAAAUGCGACGCAGCCGAGCGAUUUCCUUUGCCGUGCUCUCGAUGCGCUAAUUCAAAAAGCGGUCGUCGAUGCACUAUAGAUCCGUCUUUCAGACGGACAGCUAACAAACAACGCUUAGAUUCGCUUGAGAAGGAAUUGCAGCAAGUUCGUGAAGAGCUUCGUCAGAAGCAAGUUUCUCCUUCCACACACACUACGUCACCCUCUGUGCUAGAUCCUGCGCCUGUUGAGCAUAACGCUGGUAUUGCCAACGGAACGCCAGAUAAUCUCGAUGCAGCUGUUCAUUCUCAGCAAGACAUAUCUACGGAGCUUGUUCAUGGCGUUGAACUUCUACCCAAUGUUGUUCUAAGUCUGAUUGAAGAAUUCUAUGCUCGUCUUCAUUCCCAUUUCCCCAUAUUGCCAGAUCAGCCGACGUUUCUCUCCAGAUAUAACUUCAACAAACUGCUCCUAUGGACAGUUCUAGCUAUUGCAUCACGGGAGUCGUCUCAGCACUCGGCUCUCUACUCAAGUCUUGUGGACCCCGUAAGACGUUUAGCGGGGGAUCUCUAUGCAUCCCAAAGUCGCAGCUUUGAGACCGUGCAGGCGUUACUACUUCUUUGUGUUUGGCCCUUCCCGUUCCAGCAGACCAUCAAUGAUCCCUCUCCUAUGUACAUAGCUCUAGCAUCGCAAAUCGCCUAUCAGCUUGGACUCCAUAGGCCAGGAUUUCGUGCCGACUUUACGGAGAAUAAUUUACCCCAAGCUGACCCAGGAGAAUUGGCGAGGAAGAAGGUAUGGUAUGGUUGCUGUAUUGUGAAUCAAUUUGUCACAGCAAAAUUGGGAACACCAGCUACGAUCAAACCCGGCCAUGCAGUCCUAUCGGAGCUAGCACAAGGGACUCUCUCUGUCGUUCCGGAGCCGCUGAUCAGUCAACUUCAUCUUGCUUACCUGGCAAACAAAGCUCAGACGGCAUUGGGCGAUGAUGACUACUCGCAAAGUGGCAUAAUGCCCAAUUGCCUAACAGCAGUUCGUGCGUUCGAAGCCGAGGCUGCACAAUUACGUGAGCGUUUCAAACACAAAUGGGGAACAGAAACUCAACUGCUGUAUUUGUCUCAUCUCCAGCAUUUGUAUUCCUUUGCCUUAGAUGCAUCAUCGAUGCGAGGCGAUGUGUCGCAGGUAGAUGUGGAAAUCGAUCUGUUAUAUGCGAAGGCAUAUGACGUAGCUUUACAGUCCUGCCGAGCGGCAGCAGCGGCUACAGGAUCCAACAAUUGCUGGCCAGUGUUCGUCAAGUACUCCGUAAUGUAUGGUUUGCUAUUUGCGAUUCCGUUGGCCAACAUCGAACCACUGGGUUCCAGUCAACGAAAGCAGCUUAUAGAUGCCAUUCGCGAUGGCCUUGUUGUCAUGCGAUCGUGGAGCAUGUAUGAGAAGGACCAUUUCUCUCGUGUCUCCGGCCACAUUGAUUGGCUGUUGCACAAACUUGAAGAUGCCGACCGCGGCCGUGCCUUAUCGACGGUUACCAUUUCUGGCAACUCGACGACAGAAGCUGCGAACGGUGGCAAGAAGAAGCGAUUGAAGUUCAGUGUCAAGUCUAGAAUGGCAACGAACAUCAUGUACGAAACCAUCUGGACGGCGAAGUACGGCGCAAAAGCAGAAGAGCAGGCUAGAAGCAACAUCUUCCCCACACCGACUGUCAGUCAAGCUCUUCCCGCCAGCCAGCUCGAAAUACCAGCCCUUAAUGGCACUCUCGAUAAUUUUGUCUUUACUGAUGGGUGGGAAAACUCCGGGUUUCUGGACAUCUUUGCGGAUUGGCAAAGUUUGGUUGGAGGAACUUAGCCAACGCGCUAUGACGCUUGAACAAAUCUCUCUUGCGCUUGGGAUUCCACAAGCGUGGCUUUUACUCUGUUUCUUUGCUGUGCGGCCGGGUCAUAAUUUUGACCUUUUUCUUUGUUAACUUAUGAACCGGCGUCUCUACCCAAACUCGCUGUGGGUUUACGAUGCCCUGUACGGCACAUACCUAAUGCCGUUAGGAAGCUUUUCGAAUCUUCUAUCAAGAAUUACUACAGUAAGUGCAUGCUUGCAUUUAGCUGGAUUUGUCAUUGAUUCGGGUUGCGAUACAGAGUUGUUCGUCUCUUAUUUAUUCUAGAUUCGUUGCUGCACAAGCCACGAUCGAUCAAUUGCGUAUCGGCUACGACAUGCAACUUACUCUGUUAAAGCUUGAUAUCAAGUCGGGUCUGUGUUUCAUUCAAUGGUAACUGGCGAAAACAAUACCAAAACACUUUGCAAGAGCUUGAUCUCCAUGCCAGACGAAAGGGGAGCGUCAACCCCAGACUCAGCGCUUCACCCGUCCUCUAAAAUGCAACAACACAAACGACUGCACCAAUAGAAAGGCGGAAGAAUAUGCGUUGCAAGAAUCACAUGUAAUCUUGCGUACUACUUGUAUUGUUUCGUUUUGACCAAUCUUGCAUGCAAGCACAACCGCAUGCAGUGAAAUUGACGUGGACCUCGGUUAUAGUUUCAUGGGACUCCUAAGUUCUCAAUGAGCAACGCUGCCUUGCCACUUGAAUCAAAAGCCUUGUGGGCGCAGGCGCAAUGUAAUGCUCAAACCAAAGCAGUCUAUAAAUCAGCUUGUGUGUAUCUUCAGGUGCGAAGGCAAAGCACUAUUGUGGAAUUGGCGGGAUCGCCUUUUCAGCCUUCGCUUGGUCCCAAACCCAGACGCCGUUUGUCUGCUUAGGAUCGGCGACAUAGCCGAUGUUCUGAGACAGCUUGUCGAAGAUUUCGUCGCUCUCUCGACGUGUGAAGAACUUUCUCUCCC